AUGACCAAAGAUUCACAAGUCGGAUCCGCCUCCAUCUACGAGGCCGGCGAUCAGCGAAACUACUCCCGCGACGAGCAGCAAAAGGCAAAGGCCGAUGCCCGCUUCGACGAGGGCAAGAAGGGUGCCCACAGCAACCUCGACUCCAAGGAUGAACGAUCCAUCAAGAACCGCCUAGCCUCUGCAAGCGCAGAAGCAUCCUCGACGCACGAGGGCCCCGAGAAGUCAAAGGACCACGGCAAGCGGCCAUCUCGCAUGGAAACGAGCCUUCUAGAGGAGCCAAGAUUGAUGCCGAGUUGCAGGCGGAGGAUGAGGCGAUGA